AAAAUUCGGUGCCUCUGUCCUCGUGCACCAUUGGAUUCCCCCGGAAAAUCAGUUCCCAUCAAUGACCCUUUACCAAUUUCUUUCUAUCAGUACCCUUUCGAGCUGCUGCUUUUUUAUCUUUCUAUGCUGUCUCUCUGUAAAGACUAAACAACAGAGGUCGGGAAACAGAAAUAGCAGUGGCAAGAAAGAUGAGUUCCGGGAAUUUUCUCCAAGUGGUGGUCAAGAACUUUGAUGUUCUAGCAUUGCCUCUGGUCACUCUUGUUUAUCCACUGUAUGCUUCCAUCAAGGCUAUAGAGACCAAGUCUCCAACCGAUGAUCAGCAAUGGCUUACAUAUUGGGUUCUCUACUCUAUGCUCACAAUCUUUGAGCUUACAUUCGCCAAAGUCCUUGAAUUGCUCCCUAUUUGGCCUUAUGCUAAGCUUAUUGUGUCAUGCUGGUUGGUCCUACCUCACUUCAAUGGGGCAGCAUAUGUUUAUCGGAACUUCAUAAGGCCAUUCUAUAUGAAUCCACAAACUCAUGUUCAAAUGUGGUAUGUCCCACGUAACAACAUCUUCAAAAAGCAAGAUGAUGUUCUUACUGCUGCUGAGCGAUAUAUUGAAGAGCAUGGACCUGAAGCCUUUGAAAGGCUUAUAAGCAAGGCUGAUAGAGAAGGUAGAUCAGCAAAGAGGACCAGCAAUUUCAUGGCCUUCGAUGAUGAUUAUAUUUAUUGAAGUGCGCGCGCGGUCUUUCUUUCCUAUCUAGCUACUUUAAAACUUCGAAACUUAAAAGAUCAUGCUAGGUAUCUUAAUAUCAUGGUCUGUUGCAAUAUUGUUCAUUAAGAGAGUUAUCAACCGAGGCUUUCGAAUGUUAUUUUCAUUUCAACUAUAUCCAAAUCCAUAUUAUUCA